AUAGUCUGUUUUGGCAGGGCUUUCAAGUAUAGACAAGGCCAAAUCAUUGUAGAAGAAUUUUAAAUGGAGGACGAUCUGUAUGGUGGAGAUCUUUAUGGGGACGCAGGAGGGGAGUAUGAAGGGGGCUACGGUGACGAUGUGCAGGUGGAGGGGCUGCAGGCAGCGGAGCUGCUGGGCGGUCAAAAGGCGGGCUCAGGCUUGCCGUCAAGAGACCUCUUUCACGACUUACCGCCCGCACAGCUUGACGAAGUCAAGGACACGAAACUAACAUCGAUGGGCAGCGGGCAGCAGCAGCAGCAGGCACAGCCAGCAACGGACCGGUGGCGGGUCGCAGUACGGGACAUAGCUGGCGUGCUGGGCCUCGCGGUCGGGAAUCGGGACCCGGACACGCACACAGUGCUGGAGAGCGUGCGGCGGCUGAAGGCGUCAGACACGAGCGCGCAGGAGGAGCUGCGCAAGCUGCGGCGGCGGGACGCGGCGUUGCAGAUGCAGCUGGCUGACCGCAGUCUGGAGGCGCUGGAGUUGCGGCGCGAGCUGGCCUCCGCCUCCGCCGCCGCCGAGCCCAGUGUGGUGCAGCUGAAGCAGCUGAUGCUGGACCCCGCGGUGGCCAGGGAGUUCGCCAGGCUCCGGGCGGAGCUGGAGGCGGCGCAGGUGCGGGGGCGCGGCGGGGGUGUGAGGGCGUGAGGGAAGGCGGGAGCGGGGCAGGAGCGUGACGGGGUGAACGGGAGGGCGCGAGGGGGUGUUGGGGAUGAUGGCGGCGGGACGCUGUGGGGGAAAGUGACGAAGGGGAGAGCAAAAGCGUGCGGAGGAGGUGGGACGUGUGGAGGCUAUGGAGAGAAGGACAGGGGAAGAGGCAAAGAGGGAGGUGUGCCCGCGGGCGGGCUA